AUGAGCUACCAAUUAUGCGACCAGUGCCAAAGACUUGAACUUGGCGUUGACAUGUUCAAGAUUGGCGGCGGCAGCAAUUGCAGCACCUCAUCACAAUCUUUGCGGCCAAGUAACGGAAGUCCUUUUUUUGCCACCUUGAAAACAAUCGAGGCGAGAGCAUCCGAGUGCUCGCUUUGCAAAAUCAUCGCUGCUGCUAUUCCUCCUGAAGUUCGUUCCGAGGUCAAGGCCAGAAACACAACCUGCCGCCUGGUGUGGGAACUGGACGGUCGCGAUUCUCUUGAUCCCUCAAGCAGAAAACGAACUCGGCGACUGAGAAUUCGAUGGAACCAAGAGCGCCUCAAAGCUUAUGAGGCAUAUCUCGUACUCGCUGCACCUGCGACCUACGAUGAAUCUAACCUGGACUAUCCUCUUCUGUUGAAUGAAGAAACACAGUUCUUGGGUCGACGCAUUGGGCCGGUCGUCAAUAAGAGAAACUUGAUUAGAGAGUUCCUUAGACUUUGCGAGAACAACCAUGAUGAGCGCUGCACUGGAAAGCUCGGUAUUGAAGACCCCUUUGCUGAGACGCUCAAGCAGUCAUAUUUCGGAGUUAUCGAUAUCCAGAACCAGAAUUUGGUUCCGUUGCCUUAUACAAACAACAAAGAUUAUCUCUCGUUUCAACCAUACGCGACAGUGAGCUAUGUAUGGGGCAACAUUCGAGAUCACAGAACAACUUUGAGCAACAUACAAGACCGAUUAAAGUCUGGGGGUUUGGCAGCAACCAUCGACGCACUACCUGUGGCACUUAAACAGAGUAUUGAGCUGAUUGAGAACUUGGGUAUCCGCUACAUAUGGAUUGACUCUCUCUGCAUAAUUCAGGACAGUAGUCAUUCCUGGAACUUGAACUCUCGCACAAUGCACCUAAUUUAUGGCAACUCUACACUGACUAUUUGUGCCGCGGAUGGCGCCAGUGCUGAAGUAGGCCUAAGGGCUAUUGACAAGAACCAUUCGGUAGAGCAGAAUAUUGGACAAGUCGCCCGUGACGUCCAUCUCGUCUUGCAUCAGUCGCCAGAAUCCAACAUAGAAGACUCUGUGUGGAACCGGCGUGCUUGGACAUUUCAAGAGCGUCUCCUCUCUAGAAGAUGCCUCAUAUUCACCAAGGGUCAGGUCUAUUUCCAGUGCAGAAGUACUGGAAUGUCGGAAGACAUAUUUGUCGACAAAACCGGCCAGGGUUGGUCUCUGGAUCUCACUGGAGCGCCUUUGCAGACACUAACGCAGCUGAGGCAGAGAGCCCUAUGGUUCUAUGCAAACUGUGUCAGUUUAUACACAAAGAGGGAGCUUUUUGAGCCAUUUGACAUCCUUGCAGCGUUCAAUGGGAUGUGCAAGCUCAUCGAAGGAACAUUGAGAUCACCCUUCACAUUCGGACUGCCAACCUCACACUUUGAUUUCGCUCUUCUUUGGCAGCCUGUUGGCAAAUCGUCUGUACUCCACAAACCCAUUUCGAAAGAUGAAAAGUAUCAGAAUAUGAAGUUCCCAAGCUGGUCAUGGUGUGGCUGGAAAACCGAGGGUGUGUUAUAUAACCGGCAAAUGAUUGAAGGAUGCUUGUCAGACGUUCGUGCCUGGCUGAGGGAUCAUACUUGGAUUGACUGGCAUAUUCGAGACGGUUAUGGAACGCCGCAGCGAAUUUGGGACAACGCCUGGGCAAAAGAAGAUCGAAGCACUGAGGAAAGAUGGAGAGGAUACCGCGGCAACGACAACGACGGCUACAGACGGACCAGAGACAGGAAUCCAAGCCGCAGCCGCAGCCGUAGUCGGGACAGCAGCAACAUUGUCAACGGAGCCAUGGUCAGGGUCGUUAACAGAAACAGAAGUGGGAGCGGAAGCGAAAGUGGAAGUGGAAGCAGGAGUAUGAGCAGGAGCAGCAGGGAUGCCAGCGAAGCUUCGCAUCCUCAAAUCUGGGCAUCAGUGAAACAAAAAUCGAGAAGUCGCACCAACAGAGCAUUUCUCAAUCGGAUUCCGACUUCUCGGCCUCCUCCAGAGUUUCUGAGACCUGCGUAUGAUCGUCACCACGACUACGAUAUUCGCCGCGACAGGGACUACAGGCCCCCAGCUAUUGAUCCUUUUGGUCGUCCAUUGGAGGAUUCUGCCAGAGCCCACGUCAAGAAUCCAACAAAGCCUACCUUUGCACUUACAUUGCCUGAAUACCCUUUCCAUGUCCCAGCAGCUGAGUCGAAGUGUCGGACCGGGGAUCACAGAGAAUUUCCCGAUUUGCCCAUUUUGCAAUUCUUUACUUGGUCAAACAAAUUGCGCAUUACGAUCAAAGAAUCUGAUGCUACCACUGACAUGAAGAAAGAAAAGCUUCCCAACGGCACCCCACCACCAUCAGGCGCACAAGGCAUUUCCAGCCAAGGACCUCUCAGUCAAUGCUACAUCCUAGACCGACGAGGUGACCGCUGCGGUUCCAUCAUGGUUGACUCGGAAUGGCUGGCAAAAGAAUCUUUGCCGCGUCAAUGCCGGUUCAUUGCCAUUUCAGAGGCCAAGUCAUUUACAACGGAAGAAAUGCCCGAGUGGACGUAUUACAUUCCCAAAGAGAGGGUUGAGUCUGAGUGGGAUAUAUACUUCGUUUUGCUUAUUGAGUAUCAUGCCCAGGAAGGUCUUUGGAGAAGAGUUGCUCUUGGAAAGGUGUUUAAAACGGCAUUUACUCAUGACGAAGACACGUGGAGGGAAAUUUUGUUGGGUUAG